GGUCGUUGUGAGGUCAGGGAGUAAACUUCCCUCCUUUUAAUCAAGUAGUCAGCUAACUAAUUGAGAAAACCUUUUACGAAGAAGAUGGCUAAAAGAAAAAAGAUGAGUAUCGUACUUUUCAGCAGGAAUGGACAGAUGAAUUCGCCUUUGUGGAGAGAGCAGGUUCUGCAGUGUGUCUAAUAUGCAGUGAUAAAAUUGCAUCGAUGAAACGGUCAAAUAUAAAGCGGCACUUCGACACACGCCAUACUACAUUUGCAUCGAAAUACCCAGCGGGGGACAGCAGGAAGAAAGCAUGUCAAGAGCUACUGUGCAAAGUGCAAGCUAGUCAGCAGCAACUUCGUGUUUGGACCCAACAAGGUGACUGGAAUUCGGCUAGCUUUGCUGGUGCUUUAGCAAUUGUGAGAAACGGAAAGCCAUUCACAGAUGGUGAGUAUGCCAAAACAUUCAUGCUUGAUGUCGCCAGUGAACUUUUUGACGACUUUUCGGAUAAAGACAAGAUAAUGAAACGAAUAAAAGACAUGCCUCUGUCGGCGAGAUUUUGAGCUACAAGUUGCUGACCUGAAGGCCUCAGACAUGUGGGUGAAUAAAUUCAAGUCACUAAAUGAAGAUUUGGAAAGACUUGCACGACAGCAAGCAGAGUUGGCGAGCAAACACAAGUGGGGAGAAAUGAAAAAACUUCAACCCGCAGACCAGCUGAUUGUCAAAACUUGGAAAGCACUUCCCGUCACAUACCACACACUGCAGCGUGUGAGUAUUGCUGUACUAACAAUUUUUGGCUCUACGUAUGCAUGUGAGCAGUCUUUCUCACAUCUAAAGAACAUUAAGACCAACCUACGAUCACGUUUAACGGAUGGAAGUCUCAACUCCUGCAUGAAGCUUAACCUCACCACGUAUCAACCAGACUACAAAGCCAUCAGCAAAACCAUGCAGCACCAGAAGUCGCAUUAAUGCCAGCUGUCAUGGCUGUCUAACAGGCUGCCAAAGAUCUCUUCAUGGAUCACAGAGGACAACAAAAAGAAACCGCUACAUUUUUGAGCAUAGCCAAUCACUAAGGAAUCUGACUCACAAGCAUAUCAUCAGACUGACUUCAGUGCAUGUGGCCUCUUCAGUUGUUCAUAGACAUCUGGGCAGCCCAAAGGCCUAUUGCUAUGCACUAUAAACGGAGAGACAUGAGCUGCGGGGAUGCUGGGGGUAGCAAGCUUAUUUCGUGCAGGACUAUCCCUCUGAUAAUGGGGCUUCUGGCGACCCUGACUCAGGGCACAGUGCCAGAACAGCAAGGGACACUUGUGGAGAUGAUAUCUGUGGAACUAGAGGCUUCCAUGCAGUCCUCUGUGCUCUCUGAGUUUAACGCUGCAGCAUCCUCAGUUGGUGAAGGGCCGCCCACAGCUGUCCCAGAUUCUUCUGCAAAGAAUGGAGGAGUGCACACCAGCAUCCCUGACUCCUCAGCAAAUGUGGGCCAGGUGUUCCAGUUGAAGGUUCCACCAGGACCUGCCCAUGCAGGCUGCAGUAUUCAGGUCACUGAGAUGGGAAAAGAGACUUUACCCUCCUGGCUAUACUGGGACAAAGAUAGCUGCAUUCUUAGAGGUUUGGCUCUGGAGCAAGAUAAAGGUGUAUAUCAUAUCAUGGUGUCGGGUGAGGAGCAAAGUGAGAAGACUAGCAGCCAAGUCUUCCCCAGUACAGUCUUCUCUAUUGAAGUAUACCCAGAAGAACGAGCAGAUACUGAGCCACCCCUGCUCACUCUUCAGUCUGAUAUUGGUGGCCUACAGCCUUUCACCUGUGGCCCUGAGGAACCUGUCACUGUCCUCACUGUUAUCUUGGAUGCUGACUUGACAAAGAUGGUUGCUGAACAGAGGGUCAACUUACUGGGCAAUAUAAGAAAAUUCUCACAUGUACCACUGGAGCACAUGAGGGUGGUCCCUGUCGUCAACAACCGUUUAUUUGACAUGUCUGCUUUCAUGGCUGGACCAGGAAAUGCAAAGAAGGUGGUGGAAAACGGGGCCCUACUAUCAUGGAAAGUUGGAUGUGCUCUUGACCAGGGCAACGUUCCUGACAUUAGCAGUGUCCAAUCCUCAGCAAAGGAUGGGACUAUGUCAGCUAGGCUAGGAUAUCCAGUGGUUGGCUGGCACAUUGUUAACAAAAAGCCCCAUGGAGUUAGACGGGUCAGGCGGCAGUUGUACAAUACUCCUACUCCAGUACCCUCCCUACUUCCUCCAACUAUCAACCAAGAGCCCUAUUCACGUGUUAUUCCCACUCCAACGUCACCCUCAAUUGCUCCAGCAACGGACAAUUCUGCUCCCCCUGUUAGAGGCCCUUUGCCCCUUCCAGUGAACCCUACUAUGAGGGUCAGAGAUCAGAUAGCCCACACACCUCUCUUUGGACCUCCCCAACCCACCAGAGUACUAGGAACUACAAGCACUAUCCCCAUUCAGCCUACCAUGACACGGCCUACACUUGGGGAGGUCACUGCAUUGCCAACACCACCAAGCACAACUAAAAAACCCAAGCCCUCUUCCACAAAAAAAUCUAAGACUCGCAAACCCUCCACUCCAGCUCCCCGGGAACCAAAGUCCACCACUCCUAAACCACCCAAGCGCACCACAGCUUUCUCUCUGCCUCCAGAGUCAAAUACAACUCCAGAGAUCCGCAACCCCAUUGAUCAGGUUACUGCAUGGGUUGGAACAUACUUUGAGGUUAAGAUUGCUGCCGAUGCAUUCUAUGACCGAGAGGAUGGUACUACCGACAAGCUCCGUUUGACUUUAAAGAGGACUCCCAAAGAACCAGUGAGUGAAACAUCAUGGAUCCAGUUCAACAGCACUAUCCAGCUUUUGUAUGGCCUUCCAGAAGAACAGCACGAGGGGAAUCAUGAGUACUUCAUGUUGGCCACAGAUAAAGGAGGGAAGAGCAUCAUGGAUGCAUUUGAGGUUCGAGUCCACCGCUGGUCUAAUAAUGACAAACCUUCAGUAAUGUUUACUGCUCACUUUCAUGGUGACCCCAAAACUUUAAGCAAUGAUGUGCAUAAAAAGAUUCUUUUGACUAAAAAGCUGGCUUAUGCCCUGGGUGACCGGAACAGCAGCACGGUGACCUUGAGGAACAUUAGUAGUGGCUCAAUUGUUGUGGAAUGGACCAAUAAUAGUCUCCAGCAGAGUCCUUGUCCAAAGGACCAGAUCACAAUUCUCAGCAACAGGAUUGCUGAUCAUCAAGGAAAACCUAAACUGGCCUUUAUCAAAGCCAUGGAGCCUGAAUUCAAACCCAUUAUCAUCUCAGUUCGUGGCACCAAUAAAUGCCAGAAAUACACAUUCAUCCCACCAGGAGAGGUGCCAAUGCCUGUUCUUCCUACAGCUACACCUUCACCUGGAACAGGUCGUAGGAGCAGUGAUGAUGUUUACCUGCAUACUGUCAUUCCUGCUGUAGUGGUAGCAGCCUUGCUGCUCAUUGCUGGGAUCAUUGCUAUGGUCUGCUAUCGCAAGAAGCGUAAGGGGAAGAUGACCAUAGAGGAGCAGGCAACUUUCAUCAAGAAGGGAGUUCCAAUAAUAUUUGCAGAUGAGUUGGAUGAUUCAAAGUCACCACCGUCCUCGAGCAUUCCUCUUAUCCUUCAGGAGGAAAAGCCCCCACUUCCUCCUCCAGAAUACCCUAACAUGUCUGGCCCCCACAGCACACUGCUAAACCAGGAUCUGCUGGAGGAAUAUUCAGUUUAUCAAGAUGAUGAUCCUAAUGCCCCACCUUACCAGCCUCCCCCACCAUUUACUGUGCCCAUAGAGGGCAAAGGCUCUCGCCCUAAGAACAUGACCGCGUACAGGUCACCACCUCCCUACGUGCCUCCCUAACGCAUACUGGGGCUUUUAGUUUGGAAAGCAGGUGCAAUCUAGGGAUGCUUGUUGAAAAAUUACUACAGGAGUAAUUUUACAUGUUUAAUGAACUGGCUUUGACUUUAUAGAGAAGCAGGCAACCAUAAUCAUAUAUCUGACCAUCAUGGAUAAGACAAUACACCAUACAAUUCUACUACAGGCACAGGGCGAAUGGAUGAAGAAGUGUUUGUAAAUUUUUUUUUUU